AUGCUUAUUGAUACGGAUUUAGAUAGGAUUAAGAAAUAUCUUAAAGUUGAUAAGCAAAAUCUUAUCACGAAAGGUGUGGAAUCUGUACCAUCACCCGUCACAAAUCUUCGUGCUUAUUCUUCAACUGUGAGUCACGAAUCAUUCUGUGAGGCCGUUAAAGACGUAUUCACAAAUUAUUAUUGUAAUCAAUUUACCAAUAUUAGCGAAAGAGUUAACACAACAAUCGUUGAUGUUGAAUUCAUAUCUAAAAUUCCAAAAGUUAUCGAGUAUUGUAAGGAGAUCAAGACUUGGGAAUGGAUUUACGGUCAAACUCCAGAAUUUACUCUCCAACUUGAAAAAGAAUUUGAUUGGGGUUAUGUGAAAGCGUUAUUCAAGUCGAAAAAUGGUUUCAUUACUGCAGUAACUUUGACGCCUUUACAUUUAGAAUAUAGUAAUCUCUUUAAUGCUUUAGAAGAUGCGUUGGAAGGUCGUAGAUAUGAUGAAGAGGAAAUAAGUAAUGCCUUGAAUAAUGCACGGAUUCACGACGUUGGUAGUGGAUCUUUAAUUCCAAUUAGCGAAGUGCAACGUAUGAUAAAUGAUUUAGGAAAGUGGAUAAAAGAAGCUUUAUGA